GACGUAGCAGCCUUUAUGAAUAUUAUACUUUGACCUAAAUGUGCAGUACAUUUUUCAGUAGCGAUGGAUGUUCAAUUUUAGCACCUUUUUGCUUUACAUUCAUGUGUACCUUCAUAGACGGCCUCAGAAUAAAGCACUGGUGAUGGCCCACAGAAAAUUAGUUUUUUUUUUUUUUUUUAUUAUGUCAUGCAUUAAAACGACCUGUCAGCCUUUCAGAUUGUCUUUGCCACUUAUUUUUCAAUUUCUACUUGAUCCUUUAAUAAAAUCAAAGACAAACAAUGAGCUGUCGCUCUUUAUAUUGCUCACAAACAUCUGUCAGCCUCAAUAUAGGUGACAAGAUGUAAUUUCUUAAGUGAACAACUUUAAUACUUCAAUUUGCUUUCUUAAUACUAAACACCAUUCCACGCCUAGAAAACCUUUUUGAAAGCUUAUUUCUGAUUGUAUUCUGUAAUUUUCACAAUAUCAAGGUUCAACUUUUUUCCAAGCAAAAAAUACAUGAGCUGGUUCCAAUUUAAAAACUGCAGUGAAAUUAUUGCAUUUUAUUAACUGCCUCGAUUGUUCAUCUAUCUGUCGUCUGAUUUUAUUCACUAAACUGUCCUCUAGUCCAUGCAGGUUCACAGGGCGGGUUGGUUUACAGUGCCCAGACAAAGGCAAGGCCGUUGAUUGGUUACCAGUCAGUCCAUUCACAUGUAAAUCAGCUCUCAUAAAUGUCCCCCUUCAAUCGCCCACUUUGCACAGUAUAUGUAGUGCUUGUUAGCACAGACUUUUGUCUCGAACUGAACCCGCCGACCAUCUGCCCCCCAUUCAGGCGUCCUCUCAGCGGUCUCUAUACUGCAGCAAUAUGGCCCCUGCGUCCCGCAACAACAGACACGAGGAGGACUAUUUCGGAAUAAAAGACAGAAAGACGAGGAAGCCGCUGGUGGAGAAAAAGAGACGCGCCCGCAUCAAUGAAAGUUUACAGGAGCUGAGGCUACUGCUAGCCGACCCGGAUGCGCAGGUGAAAAUGGAGAACGCCGAGGUGUUGGAAAUGACCGUGAAGCGCGUGGAAAGUAUCCUGCAAAACAAAGCGAAAGAAGCUGACAGCGUGAACCGCGAAGCCAACGAGCGCUUCGCCGCGGGAUACAUCCAGUGCAUGCACGAGGUGCACACCUUCGUGUCCAGCUGCCCGGGAAUCGACGCGACCAUCGCCGCCGACCUGCUCAACCACCUGCUCGAAUGCAUGCCUCUGAACGACGAGGAUCGCUUUCAGGACAUCCUGUCAGAUCUCCUGUCGGACUCUAGUAACUGUGGCACUUGGCCCGGCGACAGGAGCGCGGUCAGCGGCGGCUCUUCGGUCUUGUCCCCGGCCCCCUCCACCACCUCCAGCGACGACCUUUGCUCCGACCUGGAUGACACGGACACCGAGCACAGCCGAGUCUCGGUGGACGCCGGGGAGCAAGCGCCGGGCGCGCCGACCGCGUAUCUCUCCAAGUCCAUGUGGAGACCUUGGUAGACAGAUCCCAGCUGAUUCACGAACAGUCUAUUUUUAGUUUAGAGCUAUAUAAACACGCAAUAGUCCAGGAGCACCUUUACGAUAGUCCAUAGGAAUAGGGCAGCUGCAACGUUUUAUGUCAUUUGUGACCCUGGACCACAAAAACAUUACCUGGAAGCUGAACACACGAGCUUUCCAUUGACGUAUGGUUUGUUAGGACGCUAUUUUGAAAAUCUGAGGGUGCAAAAAAAAGUUGUCCAAAUAAUAUCACAGUUGGAAAUUCACAAAACAUCUUCACGGAACGUGAUCUCCACUUGCUAUCCUAAGGAUUUUGGGCAUAAAAGAAAUAUCUAUACUUUUGACCCAAUGCAUUGUUGGCUAUUGCUACAAACAUACCUGUGCGACUCACGUUUUGUUGGACCAGGUUCACAUUUGUCACCGACCUGUGGAUACCCCUCAGAAGCUCUUCUUGGCGCGACAACGCGCAUUUCAGUUCAGUUUCACACAAAAGUUCGUGUUUUUAUUUAAUUGUUUUUGUAUAAGCUAAGUUAAAACAACGCGCGUAAGGAUAAAUAAUAUUUCUAGGGAGCGUCUUCCCGUCUCUAAUUAUUGUAGGCUAGGGUGUAAAUAUUUCAAUGUCGUGGCUGUAGAUAUAGAUCUCUGACAUUGUGUGUCAUUAUGAAGUGAUUUCGAAAUAAAUGUAAAUCUCAGAUGUACUGACGUCUAAUGUGUUUAAUAUGUGACCGAUUUCAAUAAAACCUUUUGAUUGUAA